GUCGUUGACACUAAACGAAAGUUAUAAAACUGUACAAGAGGUGAAACGAAAGUGAAAAAUGCAUCUGUGUUCAUAGCAUUUCCUCCUACAGCUGCGCUUUUAUAAGACAAGGUCGAGUCAUAGUCCGUUCAGUCUUGGACAAACUUGAAGAAAGUAAUACUGACACCAACAUGAGUCACGUCGAGUGGGCUGAAUAUGACUUCUCCCUGCCCCCUGGGGUAACUCGAUUGGGGCAAUCUGCACCGGUUGAUGGUAAAGAAUACAUCAUGUACCACGGCACCACUAGAGCGAAUGCUGCCAUGAUUAUGAGAUCAGGUUUUCAGCAGUCUUCUAAGGGGAUGCUGGGCCCUGGAGUCUAUCUCAGCAGGGACCUGGAAAAAGCCAGCCGCUACCCUAUAGAUCACCCCGACAUGGACAAAGUUGUCAUUAGAGUUAGAGUUAAUGUUGGGAAAGUCAUCAUUAUUAAUAAACAAGGUCACCCACGUCAGAAGACCUGGCAUGAUGGGAGGUAUGGCCCUGUGUAUGACACCGCUUGGGUGCCACCCAAUUGUGGAAUGGUGCCGAGCGGUUUGGAGGAGGAUUGUGUCUGGGAUCCCAAACGAAUCAAGAUCCUUGACUUCUCCCUGCCCCCUGGGGUAACUCGAUUGGGGCAGUCUGCACCAGUUGAUGGUAAAAAGUACGUCAUGUACCACGGCACGACUAAACAGAAUGCUGCCAUGAUUAUGAGAUCAGGUUUUACCCAGUCUCCUGACGGGAUGCUGGGCCGUGGCGUGUACCUCAGCAGGGACCUGCAGAAAGCCAGCCGCUACCCUAUAGGUCACCCUGAGGAAGACAAAGUUGUCAUUAGGGUUACAGUUAAUGUUGGGAAAGUGAUCGCCAUUAAUAAACAAGGUCACCCACGUCAGAAGACCUGGCAUGACGGGACACAUGGCCCUGUGUAUGACACCGCUUGGGUGCCACCCAAUUGUGGAAUGGUGAAGAGCGGUUUAGAGGAGGAUUGUGUCUGGGAUCCUAAACGAAUCCAGAUUAUUGAUAUCAUCAAGCCAGUCCCAGCCCCAGGUGGAUGUGGAUGUAGUGAAUGGGGCUACAAAUGAGGUCAGCCAGCUGUUAAGAAUCCAAUUUGUACGUUAAAACUUUUUUACAUGAGAACAUCCCAUUUACUGUGUUUGGUUAAAUCUGAGUUGCUGUAUGAAGAGAGUGUCAUGCACACGUCUCUGUUCUAAAAUAUCUGUCAAUAAAAUGGACAGGAAGGUU